AGAGCUCAGAGCUGAUUCUGUUUUCAGGAAAUGAAACUCACACAGUCACUGUGACCGAGAGGAGAAAUGGAGCAGAACCAGCUGGACCGAGAAACCUUGUCCUGUUCGAUCUGUCAGGAUCUACUGAAGGAUCCGGUGACUAUUCCCUGUGGACACAGCUACUGUAUGAAGUGUAUUAAAAACUUCUGGGAUGGAGAGGAUCACAAAGGAAUCCACAGCUGCCCUCAGUGCAGGGAGACCUUCACACCGAGGCCCGUUCUGAAGAAAAGCACCAUGUUAGCAGCUUUAGUGGAGCAGCUGAAGAAGACUGGACUCCAAGCUGCUCCUGCUGAUCUCUGCUAUGCUGGACCUGAAGAUGUGGCCUGUGAUUUCUGCUCUGGAAGAAAACUGAAAGCCAUCAAGUCCUGUUUAGUCUGUCUGGCCUCUUACUGUGAGAAACACCUUCAGCCUCAUUAUGAUUCAGCUGCAUUUAAGAAACACAUGCUGGUGGAGCCCUCCAAGAACCUCCAGGAGAACAUCUGCUCUCGUCAUGAUGAGGUGAUGAAGAUGUUCUGUCGUACUGAUCAGAAGUGUAUCUGUUAUCUCUGCCCUGAGGAUGAACCUAAAGGCCACGACACAGUGUCAGCUGCAGCAGAAAGGACUGAGAGGCAGAGAGAGCUGGAGGUGAGACGAGAAAACAUCCAGCAGAGAAUCCAGGACAGAGAGAAAGAUGUGAAGCUGCUUCAACAGGAGCUGGAGGCCAUCAAGCACUCUGCUGAUAAAACAGUGGAGGACAGUGAGAAGAUCUUCACUCAGCUGAUCCGUCUCAUCCAGAAAAGAAGCUCUGAUGUGAAGCAGCAGAUCAGAUCCCAGCAGGAAACUGAAGGGAGUCGAGUCAAAGAGCUUCAGGAGAAGCUGGAGCAGGAGAUCACUGAGCUGAAGAGGAAAGACGCUGAGCUGAAGCAGCUCUCAGACACAGAGGAUCACAACCAGUUUCUCCACAACUACCCCUCACUGUCAGCACUCAGUGAGUCUACACACUCAUCCAGCAUCAAGAUCCGUCCUCUGAGCUACUUUGAGGAUGUGACAGCAGCUGUGUCAGAGCUCAGAGAUCAACUACAGGACAUCCUGAGAGACGCAUGGACAAACAUCUCACUGAGACUCACUGAGGUGGAUGUUUCACUGUCAGAACCAGAACCAAAGAGCAGAGCUGGAUUCUUGAGAUAUUCAUGUGAAAUCACACUGGAUCCAAACACAGCACACAGUCGUCUGUUACUAUCAGAGGGAAACAGGAAGGUGACAGUGAUGAAUAAAUCUCAGUCUUAUUCUAGUCAUCCAGACAGAUUCACUGGUUGGUUUCAGGUUCUGAGUAGAGAGAGUCUGACUGGACGUUGUUACUGGGAGGUGGAGUGGAGAGGGAUGCAAGCUUCUGUAGCAGUCGCAUACAAGAAUAUCAGCAAAACAGUGAACUUGCUCAACACAUUAAACAGAAGCAGUUCAAGCAAAAGCGACAUCAUGAUCGCAGAGCUCCAUUCUUACGUGUUUUUUCUGAAGGAGAGACUGUUCGUGUCCGAAACUUCAGAGGAGGAUUUGUGAAGUGGACUUGUGGAACAGUUCUGAAGAAGUUGGGAAGCGUCACUUAUCGGAUACAAGACGGACAGAGAACGCGCACCAUACAUGUUGACCACAUGUUACCAUGGAAACAAGCUGUGGAGAAAUCUCCAGUUAUGUUUUCCCCAGUGCUCGUAGAGGAACCUGAAGAGAUCAGAGACUGUUUUGUGCCAGGAAGUCCGAGAGGAACACUAACAGAACCACCGUUACCUGCUGCAUCACCUGGGCAGACAACAGAAGAACCUUCAGUAUCAACCCCUAAAACAACCCAAAGCCCAUCAGCGGAGCGCAGAUACCCGGUGCGGCACAGAGUUCCUCCAAAGAGACUGAAUCUUUGAAAAUGUGUAUUGUAUGAUUAGUUACUGCUAGUUGAUUUUUGAAGUAAUAAGGCAGUAAGUACAGUUAAAUUGUUAAAUUCUUAGUAAGGCAGUAGGAAAUUUUAUUUGCUGUUGUUAUGCAUCUUUCCCUACUAUUUAGUUGCAGUAGAAAUCUAAAAGGGGAGGAAUGUAAUAGAGUGGUUUGUUGCCCCUAGUGGUAGAAAUGCAGAUAUACCUGUUCUAGGUAUAGUUCUUAGUAGGCCAACUUAUUAGCGUUAAGUUAGCAAGAAAGCUGUACUGAGUGGCUGUCUGUUUUCCCUGCGUU